GGAAUUCCCUGAGAAGACGACGACGACGCGCUGCGCCCGCAAAGCAUUGAAGUGCUGGGGGAGGGCCACUGCCAGGAGACACCGGCUGCCGCUGGAGGCUGGGCAUCAUGUGGCUCGGAGUCCUCCUGGCCUUGGUGCUGGGCUUGGCUGUCUACUACUGGUUCACCGCCAGGGACAAGGAGGAGAGGCUGCCCCUCGGGGAUGGGUGGUGGGGGCCAGGAGCUCCGCCCUCGGACACAGAGGACCAGAGCAUCCGGCCUUUCAAGGUGGAAACUUCGGAUGAUGAGAUCAAUGAUUUGCACCAGCGGAUCGACAGGUUUCGCUGGACGCCACCUUUGGAGGACAGCCGUUUCCACUAUGGCUUCAACUCCAGCUACCUGAAGAAAGUCCUCUCCUACUGGCGGAAUGACUUUGACUGGAGGAAGCAGGUGGAGCUCCUCAACCAGUACCCUCACUUCAAGACCACCAUCGAAGGGCUGGACAUCCACUUCAUCCACGUGAAGCCCACCCAGGUGCCCUCGGGCCGGAGCCCGGAGCCCUUGAUGAUGGUGCACGGCUGGCCUGGCUCCUUCUACGAGUUCUACAAGAUCAUCCCGCUGCUCACAGACCCCAGGAGCCACGGCCUCGGCGACCAGCAGGUCUUCGAAGUCAUCUGCCCUUCCAUCCCUGGCUACGGCUUCUCCCAGGCCUCCAGCAAGAAAGUCCCCUGUGCUCCCUUUGCAGGCUGUGCUCUGAAUGACUCCCCUGUAGGCCUGGCUGCUUACAUCCUGGAGAAGUUCUCCACCUGGACAGACUCGAGCUUCCGAGGCCUGGAGGAUGGCGGCCUGGAGAGGAAGUUCACCCUGGACGAGCUGCUGACCAACAUCAUGCUGUACUGGACCACGGGCUCCAUCGUCUCCUCCCAGCGCUUCUACAAGGAGAACUUGGGCCAGGGCCUGAUGGCCCACAAGCACGAGCGGAUGAAGGUCUUCGUGCCCACCGGCUUUGCUGCCUUCCCUUCUGAGCUGCUGCACCUCCCUGAGAAGUGGGUGAGGGCCAAGUACCCCAGACUCCUCUCCUACUCCUACAUGGCGUCCGGGGGCCACUUCGCCGCCUUCGAGGAGCCCAGGCUGCUCGCCCAGGACAUCCGCAAGUUCGUGGCAAUGGUGGGUCGGCAGUGACAGCCAUGGCCGGUCGGCCUCAGGGGCCCUGCCCAGCCCGGCCCAGCCCUGCCCGCUCGCCCGCAGCUGCUUAGAGAGGAGAAGCCUGAGGAAUGAGCUCCGGUCCCUCCCCCGCCCAGCCUGUGCUCAGCUUUGGUAAUAAAUCAUCUCACUUCUA